AUGGCAACAAGUGACUCGAUCUCCGCGGAUCAGGAUGCACGGCACCUACCAGAGCACAUUGUGGUGCUCGUCCAUGGCAACAACGGCUCAGCCGCAGAUUUGAACGCCAUGGAGACGGCGCUAUUGGCGAAAUACGGUCACCAGCAGUUGCUCCUUAUCAAGUCUCGAGCCAAUGAGCAGGACACAUCACUGGGCGUGGAAACUGGCGGCAAUAGGCUCGCAAAGGAAGUGGUGGAAUCAGUUUUUGAGUACGAAGUGAGUCCUGUCGUGAGAGCGCACAAGCUCUCGAUCAUUGGCCAUUCGCUGGGCGGACUCUAUGCGCGGUACGCUAUUGUGCAGAUUAUGAAAGCAAUGAGCUGUUUGCACGUGGCAUACGUCGACUUUGUCACGCUUUGUACACCACAUUUGGGCUCAAGACGGGCGAGAGGACCAUCGACGAUAAAGAACUUGGUUCGUCUUGGAGUGCACAAAGUACUGGCGUCACGGUCGAUAUAUGGACAGACAGGAGUUGAUCUCUUGCUAGACGAGCAAGAGCAACAACAAGUGUGGGCGACGACAGACGCUAAUGAGGCGCAACCUGCUCGCCCUCUGCUGAUACUUAUGAGUGACCCCGCCUCGGAUUUUGUCCGCUCGCUCAAGCGCUUUAAACAUGGCACGCUAGUAGCUAUGACUGAUGGUGACUUGGUCGUACCGUAUCCCUCGGCCUCCUUGCGCAGCCACAGCCCAUAUGUUAGCACUUUCUUGACGGAAUGCUACCUGAACUGGCGCUGGCAUGUCCGGCACUCCGGUUUUGCUGAAGUUGAUGGAGCGGGCUGUGUCCACCCUGCUUCCGCAGCAUUCGUGGAGCGACUCAACGCGAAGGUUGAUCACUCAAUUAUUAUUGAGAACCACGGACUGGGCCUCGAUGCAAGCUGCACGCCGCAUUAUUCCAGUAUUGAAGGGUUUGACUGUGACAACAAACAAGAGGUGGAGUUUCCGCGCGAGAUGCUGUGCAGUCUGCAGCAGGCGCUUCCGUGGAGACGCAUCGACUUGCUAGUAGAGCCUAGCGGUGUGAAAGGCAAAAUACGUCUCCAUGACUGGCCAAUCAACAAGAUGCAGCCUCCUGACUGCCGUGCGGACGAGUUCAUCGAUCUCUUGUGUGAUAUGAUUGGGGCCGACCAUGGAAUGUGUCCACUGACGACGAUACCGGAGACUGCUGAAAAGCUUGACAGAAGUUCUGCGUCCGCCAUCAAAUAUACUUCAAGGCAAAGUGGAAAUGAAGCAACCAGCGAGCAAGGAGUCACUGAUGAUGAUACGGACACACACCAGUCCGGGAUGACUUCUCCCAUCUCGUGGUCGUCCGGAUCAUUGAACGACUUCCCCGUCCGCGCAGAAAUUUUGUGA